AUGUACGCUUCGAAAGAGGCGCGCCAGGGCAUCGGCGUGCGCGUAGGUGAUAUAGCUCGAACACACUGGGCGAUUAGCCAAGCUCGCCAGCCCGACGACGCAGGGGUGACGCUACCGGAGAGUGCCACGUUUCGUCAAAUGCAGCACUUGUAUGCUAUGAGUGCUGCACGCCAGAAGAAUAAUCGAGAAGAGGGCGUUUAUCGUACGCUAAUGGUAAGCUUAAAUGGAUCGAAGGACAUGCAGCUGACCUUCAACAUCGAAGAGCUUCAAACAGUACUUCAAUUGCCUAACUACAGUUUGAUUGCUGAAGGGUUGUUCUCAAACUCUCAGCAGCCAUGGGAGCCUGCAGUCAACAUGGAGGACGAAAACCAUUUAAGCGACUAG